AUGCCUACCUACGUUGUGACUGGCGCCGCAAGAGGCCUUGGCUAUGCGUUUAUCAAGCUACUUGCGUCCGACCCAGCAAACACCGUCAUUGGAUUAGUGCGAAAUUCAACUACUGCUCGAGCUCGCCUUGCACCUGAUAGCAUCACCAAUGUCCAUGUUAUACCCGCGGAUAUCACCGACAAGGUGGCUAUGAAGCGCGCAGCUGAAGAAUCUAGGGAGGUCCUUGACGGCAAGGGACUAGAUGUACUGAUUUGCAAUGCCGCCUAUAUCAGCGAAGUCAGCGCCUUGAAAUCUGUUCAGGAAUUUGAACAAGAUACUCUUACUCUAUUUGAUGACGCAGAGAAGAGUUUCAAUGUCAACGUCCUUGGGACUCUGAAAACCGUAUUCGCAUUUCUCCCGCUUAUCCAAGAAGGCCAACUAAAGAAGGUCGUAGCCACAUCAAGUGGCAUGGGCGACAUUGACCUUAUAAACGAGGCUAAAAUUUCUAAUGUAGUACCAUAUGCCCUGAGCAAAGCGGCUCUCAGAACCUUGUUUGCAAAACUUGCUGCGGCUUAUGAAGAAUAA